CCCUGAAGCUGGAGGCUUGCAGUGAGUCGUACAAGUGUAGAACAACACUUGUGCUACCUAGCUUAGUUAUCUCGUUGCCAGCUGCACAGUUCCAGCUUCAGUUUCAGCUAGCGCUAGCUGAUCCACUAAUCACAUCACUGCGUGCUUAAUUAGCUAGGAUUAAUCGAUUCAUAGAUAUCUCCUACAAAUUCCAAGUGAAACAGCAGCAUCAGCAGUGGCUAGCUGAGUGAUCGAUCGAUCAUGGCGGAGGCGGCGGGUGAUGGGGGUUGGCCGGAGCCGGUGGUGAGGGUGCAGGCGCUGUCGGAGAGCGGGGCGGCGACGAUCCCCGACCGGUACGUGAGGCCGGAGACGGAGCGGCCGUCGUCGUCGUCGGAGGCGAACGCCGUCGCCAACAUCAACAUCCCGGUGGUGGACAUGUCGUCGUCUCCGGGGACGGCGGCGGCGGCGGUGGCGGAGGCGUGCAGGGAGUGGGGGUUCUUCCAGGCGGUGAACCACGGGGUGCCGGCGGCGCUGCUCCGGCGUGCCCGCGGCGUGUGGCGCGGGUUCUUCCAGCAGCCGAUGGAGGUGAAGCAGCGGUACGGCAACUCGCCGGCGACGUACGAAGGGUACGGCAGCCGGCUCGGCGUCGACAAGGGCGCCAUCCUCGACUGGGGUGACUACUACUUCCUCCACGUCAGACCACCCCACCUCCUCUCCCCUCACAAGUGGCCCCACCUCCCCCCUGACCUCAGGGAGACGACGACAGAGUACAGCGAGGAGGUGAGGAGGUUAUGCGAGAGGUUGAUGGCGGUGAUGGCGGUGGGGCUAGGGGUAGAAGAAGGGAGGCUACAGGAGGCGUUUGGUGGUAGAGAGGGUGCUGGAGUGUGCGUGCGGGUGAACUACUACCCGCGGUGCCCACAGCCGGAUCUAACACUAGGGUUGUCCUCGCACUCCGACCCCGGCGGGAUGACGGUCCUCCUUGUCGACGACCGUGUCAAGGGACUCCAGGUUCGCCACGCCGGUGCAUGGGUCACCGUUGACCCCGUGCCUGACGCCUUCAUCAUCAACGUCGGCGACCAAAUUCAGGUGGUGACGAACGCAUUGUACCGGAGCGUGGAGCACCGGGUGGUGGUGAACGCGGCGGAGGAGCGGCUGUCGAUCGCGACCUUCUACAACCCUCGGAGCGACCUGCCGGUGGCGCCGCUGCCGGAGCUCGUGUCGCCGGAGCGGCCGCCGCUGUACAGCCCCAUGACCUUCGACGACUACCGCCUCUACAUCCGCCGCAACGGCCCCCGCGGCAAGUCCCAGGUCGAUCGCCUCGCCGCCGCCGCCGCCACAAUACCUAAUUCUACUACCACCACUCAAUAAUAUCAUCAUCAUCAUCAUCUCCGGCCAUCGCCGCCGUCGCCGGCCGUCGCCGUGUAUGAUUCAUAAUUAGUUAGCUGAUUAGUAAUAAAUUAAUUAAUAUGGACAUGCUAGCUAGCUACUAGCUAUAUGUGCAGGCAUGUGAUGAAAUGGAAUUGAUUUAAGUUUGUUGCGAUCUGCAAUUGAUUGUCUUGUCAUCGUCGGUUCUCGAUCAAAUUAAUGAUCAGUUUAUAUACUAGUAUUCUCUUGUUGUUC